AUGCAGUUUCGCACCGAGCGUGACUGGCAGCAAUUCCAUUCCCCGCGUAACCUUGCCAUUUCGCUCUCCCUUGAGGCGGGUGAAGUGCUGGAGCUGUUCCAGUGGGAAGAUCGCCGGGGCGAGGCGCUGGAUAAAAUCAUGCCGCAAUUACGUGAUGAAGUCGCGGAUGUGGCAACUUACCUGACCUAUUUGUGCGCCGAUUUGGGAAUUGAUCUGGAAGCGGCAGUACGCGAGAAGAUGGUGCAAAAUCGCCGCAAGUAUCCAGUGGAAUUAUCGAAAGGCUCGGCGAAGAAAUAUACCGAAUUGCAAGGGGAGGGUGAGGCAUGA